CGCCCCCUCCAAGAUGGCGGCGCCCUUGGCGGAGCAGCUGCGGGAGCUGCUCGACCCCCGGCCCGCCCUGCGCGACCCCGAGGACGACGCGGAGGAAGCUACUGUUGCUAAAGUGAUUGACAGAUUUGAGGAUGAAACCUCAGAUGACGUUUUGCCUGUUGGUAACAUAAGGAAAAGAGUUUCAGCCUCUCUCUUGGAAGCUGAUAAAAGGUACAGUGGAAAAGCCACAUCUCGCAAAGCUUUGCAAGAAGAGCUCUGGGGAGAUGCUCUGUCUGAAGAAGGAUCUGCUGAAGAAGCUCUAGAUGACUGGUACAGCGGCAGUGAAGGUUCAGAAGAGGAUGACAGUGCAGCCACUAAAGCAAAGGAGAAGCCCAGCAGUGACCAGGAGGAUGACUUGGAUGAUGAUGAAGAGACAGAUCCAUCUAUCAAGGACAAGGCACCAAAGUUCAGCUUCCAGAAUAUCACAGACUUCGAGAAAUUUGCAGAGGGGAUGGACGAUGCCGGAAGCAGUGAGGGGGAAGAUGAAGAUGAAGAGGAAGAUGAAAAUGAAGAUGAAGAUGCCAUGGAAGAAGGAAGCGAGGAGAAGGAGGAGGAAUACGGGAGUGAAAACCACGACGAUGCAAAGGAAACCAGAGACAGCGAAGAUGAUGGGGGGGUGAUGACCUUCUCCAAAGGCCAAGAGUCUGAAGAAGUAGAGAAGGGCAAAGCUGUGAGGAACCAGCUAGCGCUGUGGGAUCUGCUGAUGGAGGGCAGAAUCAAGAUGCAGAAGGCACUGGUGACGGCCAACAGGCUCCCCCAGCCAGACACCUACCCGGGGUUCAGAGAGGAGGGUGGACAGCAGUUCGACAGCGCUGUGGAGAGCUGUUGUAAAACUCUGGAGGCCUUGCUGAAAGUACUGGUGGAGCUUCAGGACGAGCUGCUCUAUCAGUACCCAGGCACGAAGCACCUGGUCGAUGGAAAGCAAGCAAAAGCUGAGAGUGAUGAUGAAAUCCCAAGCAGUAGCGAUGAGGAGCAGGUGGAUAAGGCCCAGGAGAAGAGGAGGAGCCUCCCCAAGCGAAAGCUGAAGUUUGAGGACUACCCCGAGUUCAUCGCCAAGCGCUACGCGGAGCUCAGGCCCUACCGGAACAGCGUCCUGCAGAAGUGGCAUGACAAGACUAAGGUGGCGACUGGCAAAAUGGGAAAGGGUUUCGGUGCCUUCGAGCGCUCCAUCCUGGCUCAGAUUGAUCACAUCCUGAUGGACAGGGAGAGAUUGCUCCGGCGCACCCAGACCAGGCGCUCCGUGUACGCCGUGCUGGGCAAGCAGGAGCCGCAGCCCCCGCCAACCCCUCAGCCCGGGCCUGACCACUCGGAAGUGCUCCCUCCCUCAGAUUCCAACAGACACCUGAAGGACAUAGAUGAGGAGAUAUUUGAUGAUGAUGACUUUUACCACCAGCUCCUUCGAGAACUGAUAGAGCGUAAAACCACCUCCCUGGACCCCAACGACCAGGUGGCAAUGGGCAGGCAGUGGCUGGCCAUCCAGAAGCUGAGGAGCAAAAUAAAGAAGAAGGUGGACAGGAAAGCCAGUAAAGGGAGGAGAAUCCGGUAUCAUGUGCAUAGCAAGCUGGUGAGCUUCAUGGCACCUAUUGACCACUGCACAAUGAAUGAUGAUGCCAGGACGGAGCUUUAUCGGUCUCUGUUUGGAAAAGUCACGAAUGGUGAAGAGCUGGAGCGGAAUUAGGAUCGGGCCCUUGGCUCCCUCCGGCUGCCCAGGAGCAGGACAAGGUCUCCCCAUCCUCUGGUCUGUCCCUAAAAUCCUCCCUGAAGGAGCAUCAAACCUGAAUCAGAGGGAUGAGUGGGGACACUGAGCCUGGCUGAACACCCACCCUGCCCAGCUUCAAGUGCUUCCUCCCAGAGACAACCCACUUUUCACUGUUCCUUCAAAUUCCUGACCUUGAUUUUGCCAUCUGGGGGCAAUGCUGGGGGGAAGGGACACAAUCCAGCCCAGCAGGGACCACCAGCCCCCCACGGGGGUCCCCCACAGUUGUGUUAAACCCUCAGAGAUUUUGAUUUGGGGCUUGGGGGGGGAUUUAAACACCCCAUUCUGGUCA